AUGCUCUCCCGCUCCAGGCCGCUCCUGCUCCCUCUCUUCCUCCUCCAGCCCGCGGAUGCCGCCCAGGACGCCCAGCCGCACGACACCGUGGUUGGGCCGCUGCUCCGCGGCCUCGUCGGAGGCGCCGGGUACGGCUUCGCCGCCGCGGCCAUCUCGCAUCCGUUUGACACAAUCAAGGUGAGGCUGCAGUCGGGCGGCGCAGCCAAGGCUGGGAGCGCCUCGGUCGGCGGCCUGCUGUCCCUCUAUCGUGGCGUCGGGCCGGCCACCGCCGCGUCGAUCGUGCCCUUUGUCGGCUACGAGGCGACGCGCUCCUGGCUGCGCGCGCACGGGCUGCUGGAGGAGCGGCCGCUCGCCGCCGCCCUCCUCGGCGGGGCGGUGGGAGGCGCGAUGCGCGGCUGCCUCGAGACUCCCGCGGAGCUGGUCAAGACGCGGCUGCAGCUGCAGAGCGCGUGGUCGCUGCCGCUGCUGCUGCGAGGCCUCUCGAGCACGGUCUUCCGCAACGCCGCGAUGAUCGGCCUCUUCUGGGCCGCCUUUGAGGCGAGCGCGCCGCUCCGCUCCCGCCUGCCGCCCCUCGCGGCCAGCUUUGUCGGAGGCGGCGGCUGCUCCGUGCUGGCGUGGGCGGCGGCCUUCCCUCUCGACACUGCAAACGUCGUGGCGCAGCUCGGCCGCAUCUACUCGGAGAGAGGCAUCGCGGGCUGGUACGCGGGGCUCGGCGCAGGGCUGACGCGUGCUUUCCUCGCCAACGGCGGAGGGAUGGCCUUUUACAGCCUCAUCCAGGCGGCACUCACAGAGUCGGCCCGGCCCGCCUGCGACGCGUCAGAUCGGUGA